AUGGCAAAGUGUCUCGCCGUCGCGCUCCUGCUACUGGUGGUGCUCGCGUCCUGCGAAGGGAGGGAGCUGAAUGAGAAGGUUGCAGCGACGCGUGUCGUAGGUGCGGGUGGCGGCGUCGGCGAGUCUAAGGCGUUGGACUUGCCUGUGCUCGGGGGAAUCGGUACGGGAACCAGCACCAUUACCGGCCCGCUGGUGGUGGUUCCUGGGAUCCCUGCUAUUGGCCCAUGA